AUGAGACUCUCUCAUCAAUUGAUGGAUGUUUUAGUCCUUUGCUGCCUGGCAGCUUCGUAUGUGACAGCAGAAGCUCCAUUGGCCAACCAUCGUUCAGCACCCUAUGCCCCAGCCGGUUUUCGUCCAGACAUACCAUUCAAUAUACCCGGAGAAUAUUUACCUCCCGGCAGUUUCGAUGAUGCAGCUGAGCAACAGCAAUUCGGCGAUAAUCAAGGCUUUGGAUUUGAGGUUUCCAAACAACGAGUCGACUUUGCUGGUCAGGAGGUCCAGUAUGUGCCAGUCAGUGAGCCACAUAGACGUUAUGGACCACCACCUGGCAGUCAGCAACCUGGUAUUAACAAUAACAACAACAAUAAUGGUGGUGGGGGUAGACCCAAUCGCCGGCCGUUCAACAGACGCCCCUCAUUCCCCGGCGACCGCAGACAACCCAAUUUCCCACAACAACCCCAGGGUGAUAUUUUCACACCCCAACGCCUGCCCAAUCCCCAGACCGAUGAAAGAUUCGAACCCCAACAAAUUCCCCAACAACCAGCUGCCCAAUAUGGUGCACCCAUAAACAUUGAUCCCCGACAGGCCGGCCAUGAUCGUCAACAGGACGAAGAUGAGAUACAAAAACAAUACGCUCUCGAUGCCUUGAAUGCUGCCAUUGAGAAUUACAAUCGUUUGCAGGAGAAUCAAUCCGAUCGUAUUUCGCAGGGUCAAUAUUUCGUCGUAAAUCCUGAUCAUUCAAUACAAAAGGUACAAUUUACCACCAAACAAUCGGAGGCAGAGGCCAAGGAUAAUGAUUUUACGGCGGAAUUGAAAUAUACCAAGGUGGGGGAGAUCAAGGAUCCUUUGUACAAAUACAAUGCCGAAGGACAAUUGGUGCGCAUAGUUAAGAAGUGAAAUGAUUUCCGGAGGGAAAUUUCAUAAAGAAAAAACGAAAAAAUAAGAAAAUUUGAUUUCGA